CCGCGAAGUUUGCAGGGCGCAGCGCGCUGCAGAGACCGGGUCUGCGGGCCCGAGGCUGGGCGCUGUCAGUUCCUGCUCGGUUGGGUGCCGGCUCCAGCCGCCGCAGGUUCCACACCAGAGACGCCGCCUGCACGCCGCAGGCUCCAGGCGCGCGGGGCGGCGGGCGCGGAUCCGCCGCCGCCCACACCCGGGGCUGAGCUCUCUCCUCCCGGGAGGAUCCUGCGCUGCAGGAUGGCGGCGGCCGUGCGGGCUCCAGGCUGCGCACCGAGGCCAGUCCUGCUGCUGCUGCUGCUGCUGCCGCCGCCGCCCGCCGUGAGCCCCUCUCGCGAACCCCGGCCCGCGGCCCGGCUCAGCCUGCACCCGCCCUACUUCAACCUGGCCGAGGCGGCGAGGAUUUGGGCCACCGCCACCUGCGGAGAGCGGGAGCCCGGCGGCGCUCGGCCUCGGCCCGAGCUCUACUGCAAGUUGGUGGGGGGGCCCACCGCCCCGGGCGGCGGCCACACCAUCCAGGGCCAGUUCUGUGACUACUGCAAUUCUGAGGACCCCAGGAAAGCGCAUCCAGUCACCAACGCGAUUGAUGGAUCGGAGCGUUGGUGGCAAAGCCCUCCUCUCUCCUCAGGCACGCGGUACAACAAAGUCAACGUCACCUUGGAUCUAGGGCAGCUUUUCCAUGUAGCCUAUCUUAUCAUCAAAUUUGCAAAUUCCCCUCGCCCUGACCUUUGGGUCUUGGAAAGAUCUGUAGAUUUUGGAAGCACCUACUCACCUUGGCAAUAUUUUGCUCACUCUAAAGUAGAUUGCUUGGAGCAGUUUGGGCAGGAGGCAAAUAUGGCCAUCACCCAAGAUGACGAUGUACUUUGUACUACCGAAUAUUCCCGGAUUGUACCUUUGGAAAAUGGUGAGGUUGUGGUGUCCUUGAUAAAUGGUCGACCAGGUGCAAAAAAUUUUACUUUCUCUCACACCCUGCGGGAGUUUACCAAGGCUACAAACAUCCGCCUGUGUUUUCUCCGAACUAAUACCCUCCUUGGACACCUCAUCUCCAAAGCACAGAGAGAUCCAACCGUCACUCGGCGGUAUUAUUACAGCAUAAAGGAUAUCAGCAUUGGUGGGCGGUGUGUUUGCAAUGGCCAUGCCCAAGAGUGCAAUGCAAACAAUCCUGAAAAAUUGUUUCGGUGUGAAUGCCAGCACCACACCUGUGGGAAGACGUGCGAUCGCUGUUGUGCGGGGUACAACCAGAGGCGCUGGCGACCCGCCACGUGGGAGCAGAGCAAUGAGUGUGAAGCAUGCAACUGCCAUGGCCAUGCCCUUGACUGUUACUAUGAUCCAGAUGUUGAGAGGCAGCAAGCCAGCUUGAAUAUCCACGGCAUCUAUGCAGGUGGAGGGGUCUGCAUUAAUUGUCAGCAUAACACAGCUGGUAUAAACUGUGAAAACUGUGCCAAGGGUUAUUACCGCCCUUAUGGUGUUCCCGUUGAUGCCCCCCAUGGCUGCAUCCCCUGCAGCUGUAACCCCGAACACGCGGAUGCCUGUGAGCCGGGCUCAGGCCGCUGCACCUGCAAGCCGAAUUUCCGCGGAGACAACUGUGAGAAGUGUGCAGUUGGAUACUAUAACUUCCCCUUUUGCCUGAGAAUUCCCAUUUUCCCUAUUUCUACUCCACGUCCUGAAGAUCCAGUAGCUGGAGAUAUAAAAGGGUGUGACUGUGACUUCGAAGGCGUUCUCCCCGAAAUAUGUGAUGCCUACGGAAGGUGCCUUUGCCGUCCUGGGGUCGAGGGCCCCCGGUGUGAUGCCUGCCGCCUGGGUUUCUACUCAUUCCCCAUUUGCCAAGCCUGCCAGUGUUCAGUCCUUGGCUCCUACCAGACGCCCUGCAACCCGGUGACGGGACAGUGUGAAUGCUUUCCGGGGAUUACAGGACAGCGGUGUGACAGGUGUCUCUCAGGAGCCUAUGAUUUCCCUCACUGCCAAGGCUCAAGCAGUGCCUGUGAUCCAGCCGGUACCCUGGACUCCAGUUUGGGAUAUUGCCAAUGCAAGGCUCAUGUCGAAAGUCCUUCUUGUAGCAUCUGCAAACCACUAUAUUGGAAUCUGGCCAAAGAAAACCCUAGUGGAUGUUCAGAAUGCCAGUGCCACGUGGCGGGAACGGUGAGCGGGAUCGGAGAGUGUGGACAGCGAGAUGGGGACUGUCACUGCAAGUCCCACGUCAGUGGCGAUUCCUGUGACACGUGUGAAGAUGGAUAUUUUGCUUUGGAAAAGAGCAAUUACUUUGGGUGUCAAGGGUGUCAGUGUGACAUUGGUGGAGCGAUCACCCCCCUGUGCGGUGGGCCCUCGGGAGGAUGCCGUUGCCGAGAGCACGUGGUGGGGAAGGCGUGCCAGCGACCUGAAAACAACUACUAUUUCCCGGAUUUGCAUCAUAUGAAGUAUGAGAUUGAAGAUGGCACCACACCUAAUGGAAGAGAACUUCGAUUUGGAUUUGAUCCCCUGGAGUUCCCUGAGUUUAGCUGGAGAGGAUAUGCUCAGAUGACCUCGGUACAGAAUGAAGUGAGGAUCCUGCUGAAUGUGGGGAAGUCCAGUCGGUCUUUGUUUCGUGUUAUUCUGAAAUACAUCAACCCUGGAACUGAAGCCGUAUCUGGUCGCGUGACUAUUUAUCCAUCCUGGGCUGAGGCAGGUGCUGCUCAAAGCAAAGAAAUCAUCUUCCUGCCCAGUAAGGAGCCAGCCUUUGUCACCGUCCCCGGAAAUGGUUUGGCAGACCCAUUUUCAAUUGCACCAGGGACGUGGAUUGCUUGUAUCAAAUCAGAGGGAGUCCUCCUGGACUACCUGGUGCUGCUUCCCAGGGACUACUAUGAGGCGUCCUCCCUGCAACUGCCGGUCACCCAGCCGUGCGCCGACUCAGGACCUCCGCGGGAGAAUUGCUUGCUUUACCAGCAUUUGCCAGUGACCCGAUUCCCCUGUGCCCUGGCUUGUGAGGCCAGACUCUUCCUGCUUGACGGGGAGCCAAGACCCUUGGCAGUGAGGCAGCCCACCCCCGCACACCCAGUCAUGGCGGACCUCAGUGGGAGAGAGGUGGAGCUGCAUCUGCAGCUGCGGGUCCCACAGGUGGGCAACUACGUGGUCGUGGUCGAGUAUGCCACGGAAGUAGACCAGAUGUCUGUGGUUGAUGUGCACAUGGAGAGCCCUGGGUCUGUUCUGGAAGGCCAGGUGAACAUCUACAGCUGCAAGUACAGCGUCCUGUGCCGGAGUGUUGUGACUGAUGGCCAGAGUCGCCUCGCUGUGUACGAGCUGUUAGCAGAUGCAGGCAUUCGGCUCAAGGCGCAGAGCGCCCGAUUCCUUCUGCAUCAAAUUUGUAUCAUACCCAUCGAAGAAUUCUCAACUGAAUAUUUGAAACCUCAAGUCAAAUGCAUUGCCAGUUACGGGGGUUAUAUUAAUCAAAGUGCCUCUUGUGUCUCCCUGGUCCCUGAAACCCCUCCAACAGCAUUAAUUUUGGAAGUCCCACGUGGUGAGUCUUCCCCUUUCCUGCCCCAGGAUCCUUUGCCUUCUGCCGAAGUUGUUACUGGAGUCACCUUGAAGGCGCCACAGAACCAAGUAACCCUGCGAGGACUUGUACCACGCCUAGGCCGAUAUGUCAUUGUCAUCCAUUUUUAUCAACCAGCACACCCAACAUUUCCCACACAGGUCUUUGUGGACGGAGGGCGGCUGUGGCCAGGUGUCUUCCGUGCCUCUUUUUGUCCCCAUGCGCUUGGCUGCCGGGACCAAGUCAUUGCUGAAGAUCAAGUUGAGUUUGACAUCUCAAAGCCAGAGGUGGCUGUGACUGUGAAGGUUCCAGAAAGAAAGUCCUUAGUAUUGGUCCGCGUUCUAGUGGUGCCUGCGGAGAAUUACGACUACCAAAUACUUCACAAAAAGUCAGUGGACAAGUCAUUUGAGUUUAUCACCAAUUGUGGAGGAAACAGUUUUUAUAUUGAUCCCCAGAUGGCCUCUGGAUUCUGUAAGAACUCUGCCAGGUCCCUGGUGGCCCUUUACCACAAGGGAGCCCUGCCCUGUGAGUGCCACCCCACCGGGGCCAUUGGCCGUCACUGCAGCGCAGAGGGCGGGCAGUGCCCGUGCCGGCCCAGUGUCGUUGGGCGGCAGUGUACACGCUGUCGGACGGGCUACUAUGGAUUCCCACACUGCAAGCCAUGCAGCUGCGGCCCACGCCUUUGUGAAGAGGUGACGGGGAAAUGCCUCUGCCCUCCCCACACGGUCAGGCCCCAGUGUGACGUGUGUGACACCUAUUCCUUCAGCUUCCAUCCCCUGGCUGGCUGUGAAGGCUGCAACUGUUCCAGGAGGGGCACUGUUGGGGCUGCCACCCUGGAGUGCGACAGGGAACACGGGCAGUGCAGGUGCAAGCCCAGAGUCACAGGGCGGCAGUGUGACCGGUGUGCUGCCGGGUUUUACCACUUCCCUGAGUGCCUUCCCUGCCAUUGCAACAGGGAUGGAACCGAGCCAGAAGUCUGUGACCCAGGGACUGGAGCUUGCCUCUGCAAGGAGAAUGUGGAGGGUACAGAAUGUAAUGUGUGUCGAGAAGGAUCAUUCUACUUGGACCCAGCAAAUCCCAAGGGUUGUACCAGCUGCUUCUGUUUUGGAAUGAAUAAUCAUUGUCACAGUUCACAUAAAAAAAGAGCUAAGUUUGCGGAUAUGAUGGGCUGGUGCCUGGAGACAGCGGAUGGAGCAGACAUCCCCGUCUCAUUCAACCCGGGCAGCAGCAGUGUGGUUGCAGACCUCCAGGAGCUGCCCUCCACCGUCCACAGUGCAUCCUGGGUCGCACCUCUUUCCUACCUGGGAGACAAGAUUUCUUCAUAUGGUGGCUACCUCACCUACCAAAUCAAGUCCUUUGGCCUGCCUGGUGACAUGGUUCUUCUGGAAAAGAAGCCAGAUGUGCAGCUUACUGGUCAGCACAUGUCCAUCAUCUAUGAGGAACCAAGUAACCCACGACCAGACCGGCUGUAUCACGUGCGCGUGCAGGUGGUGGAGGGAAACUUCAGACACGCCCGCGGCGGUGGCCCUGUGUCCCGGGAAGAGCUGAUGAUGGUACUGUCUAGGCUGGAAGCUGUGCGCCUCCGAGGUCUCUACUUCACUGAGACACAGCGGCUCUCUCUGAGCGGGGUGGGGCUGGAAGAGGCCUCUGACACAGGAAGUGGACGCAGAGCACAUCACGUCGAGAUGUGUGCCUGCCCCCCUGACUACAUGGGUGACUCAUGCCAGGGUUGUAGCCCUGGAUACUAUCGGGAUAACAAAGGCCCCUAUACGGGACGAUGUGUUCCCUGCGAUUGCAACGGACAUUCCAGUCGAUGUCAGGAUGGCUCGGGAAUAUGUAUCAACUGCCAGCACAACACCGCUGGAGACCACUGUGAGCGCUGCAAAGAGGGUCACUAUGGGAACGCCAUCCAGGGAUCCUGUAGCGUCUGCCUGUGUCCUCAUUCAAACAGUUUUGCCACUGGCUGUGUAGUGAACGGGGGAAACAUGAGGUGCUUCUGCAAACCCGGAUACACAGGCACGCAGUGCGAAAGGUGUGCACCGGGAUAUUUUGGGAAUCCCCAGAAGCUUGGAGGUAGCUGCCGACCAUGCAAUUGUAACAGCAAUGGCCAGUUGGGCAGUUGUCACCCCCUGACUGGAGACUGCAUAAAUCAAGAGCCCAAAGAUGGUGGCCCUGGAGAAGAAUGUGAUGAUUGUGACAGCUGUGUGAUGACACUCCUGAAUGACCUGGCCAACAUGGGCAAUGAGCUCCACCUGGUCAAGUCUCAGCUGCAUGGCCUGAGUGCCAGCACCAGCUCUCUGGAGCAGAUGAAGCACUUGGAGACCCAGAUCAAGGACCUGAGGAAUCAGUUACUUACCUACCGCUCUGCAAUUUCAAAUAACGGAUUAAAAAUGGAUGGUCUAGAAAAGGAAUUGGGUAGUUUGAAUCGUGAAUUUGAAACUUUGCAAGAAAAGGUUCAAGUAAAUUCCAGAAAAGCACAAGCAUUACAUAACAAUGUUGAUCGGACCACCCAAAGCACGAAAGAGCUGGACACAAAGAUUAAAAAUGUCAUCCAGAAUGUGCACAUUCUCUUGAAGCAGAUCUCUGGGACAAAUGGGGAAGGAAACAACCUGCCUUCAGGGGAUUUUUCCAGAGAGAGGGCUGAAGCCGAGCGCAUGAUGACGGAGCUACGGAACCGCAACUUUGGAAAGCACCUGACAGAAGCGGAAGCUGAAAAAACAGAGGCUCUGCUCUUGCUGACGCGGAUAAAGGGCUGGCUGGAAGAGCACCAAGGGGAGAACGGUGCGCUGGUUAAGAGCAUGCGGGAUUCCUUACAUGACUACGAAGCCAAACUCAGUGACCUCCGUGCCGUGCUCCAGGAGGCAGCUGCCCAAGCAAAGCAGGCCACUGGCCUCAACCGAGAAAACGAGAAGUCUUUGGAAUCCAUCAAGACACAAGUUCAAGAAAUGAAUUCCCUGCGGAGUGAUUUCUCCACGCACCUAGCCGCCGCUGACUCCGCUUUACUACAGACCAACAUGCUCUUGCAGCGGAUGGAGAGCAGCCAGCAGGAAUAUGAAAAGUUAGCGGCCACUUUAAAUGAAGAAAGACAUGGGCUAAGCGGCAAAGUGAGAGAACUUUCCCAGUCCACCGGCAAGGCAUCGCUGGUGGCGGAGGCAGAAGCGCAUGCGCAGUCUUUACAAGCGCUGGCAAAGCAGCUGGAGGAGAUCAAGAGGAACACCAGUGGGAACGAGCUGGUGCGCUGUGCGGUGGAUGCUGCCACCGCCUAUGAAAACAUCCUCAACGCCAUCAAAGCGGCUGAGGAUGCAGCCAACAAGGCCACCAGCGCGUCCGAGUCUGCUCUGCAGACAGUGAUAAAGGAAGAUCUUCCAAGAAAAGCGAAAACCUUGAGUUCCGACAGUGAUAAACUCUUAAAGCAAGCCAAGACAACACAGAAGCAGCUCCGCCGAGAGAUCAGCCCGGCUCUCAACAACCUACAGCAGACUCUGAAAGUUCUGACAGCUCAGAAAAGGUUGAUUGACACCAAUAUCACUGCCAUCCGCGAUGACCUUCGUGGGAUACAGAGAGAUGACAUCAGUGGCAUGAUCCGUAGUGCGAAGAGCAUGAUCAGAAAUGCCGACGACAUCACAAAUGAGGUGCUAGAUGGGCUCGGCCCCAUUCAGACAGAUGUGACAAGAAUUAAGGACACCUAUAGGAGCACACAGAGUGAAGACUUCAACAAGGCUCUCACUGACGCGGAUAACUCAGUAAAGAAAUUAACCAACAAACUGCCUGAUCUUUUGAGCAAGAUUGAAAGUAUCAACCAACAGCUGUUGCCACUGGGCAACAUCUCUGAUAAUGUGGACCGUAUCCGGGAGCUAAUUCAGCAGGCUAGAGAUGCUGCAAAUAAGGUCGCUGUCCCCAUGAGGUUCAAUGGUGAAUCUGGAGUUGAAGUCCGGCUGCCAAAUGACCUAGAAGAUUUGAAAGGAUACACAUCUCUUUCUUUGUUUCUCCAAAGACCUGAAUCAAGAGAAUAUGCAAAGACUGAGGAUAUGUUUGUGAUGUACCUCGGAAAUAAAGAUGCCUCCGGGGAUUAUGUCGGCAUGGCAGUUGUAGAUGGCAAGCUCACGUGUGUCUACAACCUGGGAGAACAGGAGUCUGAACUCCAAGUGGACCAGAGCGUGACCAAGAGCGAAACUCAGGAGGCAGUUAUGGACCGGGUGAAAUUUCAGAGAAUUUAUCAGUUUGCAAGUCUAAAUUACACCAAAAAAGCCACAUCCACUAAACCCGAAAUACCCCAAUUGCACGAAAUGGAUGGUGGAAACAGCUACACGCUCCUCAAUCUGGAUCCUGAAAAUGUUGUAUUUUAUGUUGGAGGUUACCCAUCUGACUUUAGACUUCCUGCUAGACUGUGGUUACCUCCAUUCAAAGGUUGUAUCGAAUUAGAUGACCUCAAUGAAAAUGUUCUGAGCUUGUACAACUUCAAAAAAACUUUCAAUCUCAACACAACUGAAGUAGAGCCUUGUAGAAGGAGAAAGGAAGAGUCAGACAAAAAUUAUUUUGAAGGUACAGGCUAUGCUCGAGUUCCAACUCAACCAAAAGCUCCCAUCCCAAACUUUGCACAGGUGAUUCAGACCACUGUGGAUAGAGGACUGCUGUUCUUUGCAGAAAACAAGGAUCACUUCAUAUCUCUAAAUAUAGAAGAUGGCAAGCUCCUGGUGCGAUACAAACUGAAUUCAGAGCCACCGAAAGAGAAAGAAGUUACACAGGUUGUCAACAACGGAAAAGACUACUCGAUACAGAUCCAAAUCGGAAAAACCCGAAAACGUAUGGGGAUAAACGUGGAUUCGGCUAACAUCAUAAUUGACGGUGACAUAUUUGAUUUCAGCACAUAUUAUCUGGGUGGAAUUCCAAUUUCAAUCAGGGAAAGGUUUAACAUUUCUACACCUGCUUUCCGAGGCUGCAUGAGAAAUCUGAAGAAAACCAGCGGUGUUGUUAGAUUGAAUGACACUGUGGGAGUCACAAAAAAAUGCUCAGAAGACUGGAAGCUCGUGCGCUCUGCCUCAUUCUCCAGGGGUGGACAAUUGAGGUUCACCAAUUUGGACCUCCCUUUGCCCAACGAAUUCCAGGCCUCCUUUGGGUUUCAGACCUUUCAACCCAGUGGCAUAUUAUUUAAUCUCCAGGCACAGACACGGAACCUGCAGGUCACCCUGGAAGAUGGUCACAUUGAACUGAACACCAGGGAUAGCAACAGCCCGAUUUUUAGAUCUCCGCAGACAUACAUGGAUGGUUCCCUGCAUUAUGUAUCUGUAAUAAGUGACAACUCUGGACUCCGGCUGCUCAUUGACGACCAGACUCUGAAAAGUAACCAAAGGCUACAAGACUUGUCGGGUUCCCAGCAUCCCCUGUAUCUGGGCGGGAGUCACUUUGAGGGUUGUAUCAGCAACGUUUUCAUCCGGAGUCAAUCAGAGAGUCCUGCAGUCCUGGACUUGGCCAGUAAAACUUUCAAGAGAGACGUGUCCCUGGGAGGCUGCAGUCUAAACCCACCACCUUUCCUCCUGUUGCUUAGAGGUUCUAUGAAGUUUAACAAAUCCUACACUUUCAAUAUCAACCAGCCAUUGCAGGACACACCAGUGGCCUCCCCACGGAGCAUGGAGAUAUGGCGAGAGGCCCAGUCCUGCCUACCACCUCCCCGGGCCCAGGCCAGUCACGGAGCCCUCAGGUUUGGGGACAGGCCCACCAGCUACCUGCUAUUCACGAUUCCCCAGGAGCUGAUGAAACCCAGGUUACGGUUUGCUGUGGACAUGCAGACGGCUUCCUCCAGAGGGCUUGUGUUCUACACGGGCACGAAGAACUCCUAUAUGGCUCUUUAUGUCUCAAAGGGACGGCUGGUCUUCACCUUGGGGGCAGAUGGGAAGAAGCUGAAACUCAAAAGCAAGGAGAAGUACAGUGAUGGGCAGUGGCACACGGUGGUGUUUGGGCAAGAUGGAGAGAAGGGACACUUGAUUGUGGAUGGUCUGAGGGUCCGGGAGGGAAGUUUGCCUGGAAAUUCUACCAUCAACCUCAGAGCACCAGUUUACCUGGGAUCGUCUCCCUCAGGGAAGCCAAAGAGCCUCCCCCAAAACAGCUUCGUGGGAUGCCUGAGGAACUUUCAGUUGGAUCGGAAACCCCUGGACACCCCUUCUGUGAGCGUUGGUGUGUCCGCCUGCUUGGGUGGCUCUUUGGAGAAAGGCAUUUAUUUCUCCCAGGAAGGAGGUCAUGUCAUCCUAGCUAACUCUGUGCUGUUGGGGCCCGAAUUUAAGCUGGUCUUCAGCAUUCGCCCAAGAAGCCUCACUGGCGUCCUAAUACACGUCGGGAGCCAGCCGGGGAGACACUUAAGUGUUUACAUGGAGGCUGGAAAGGUCACGGCCUCUGUGGACAGUGAGGCAGGGGGGAUCUUGACAUCGGUCACACCAAAGCAGUCUCUGUGUGAUGGACGGUGGCACUCAGUGACAGUCACCAUGAAACAACACGUCCUGCACCUGGAACUGGAUGCAGAGAAUAGCUACACAGCUGGACGGCUCCCCUUCCCACUGGCCAGCACUCACGAGCCACUACACAUUGGAGGUAUCCCAGCCGGUUUGAAGACGCUGAGGCUCCCUGCAUGGAAAUCAUUUUUCGGCUGUCUGAAGGACAUUCAAGUCAACCACGAUCCUAUCCCUGUCACUGAAGCCGCGGACAUCCAGGGCACUGUCAGUCUGAGUGGCUGUCCUGACCACUAA